AUGUCGACUCCAAUUCCCAAUACAUCCAAUGCCGUAGCACAAGAGCAGCGGAAGCGCAUUCGCGAGCUUCUUCCAAAACUCUUUUUGGGCGACUACAGACCCGGACCACUAAAUUCUCUGACCGACGUCCCCGGCGUCAAGGUGCACACUCAGCAGAUCUUCUCGCCACAGGGCACCAACACGGGCGUCACGAGCAUUACCCCGCGGGAAAAAUGGCUGACCAGGGCUUGCUAUUCUGGCAUCUUCACCUUCAAUGGCGCCGGCGAGCUGACGGGCUCUCACUGGAUCCACGAGACUGGCCUUUUGCACAGCCCAAUCAUCCUCACAAACUCGCUCAGUAUCGGCGCCGCCCAUGAAGGCGUCUACCGGUACGCUGUGCAGCAGUACGGCUCCGAUUCUCUCGCUGGGUUCCUGGUGCCCGUUGUGGGCGAGACGUUUGAUGGUUACCUCAACGACAUUACUUCCUUUGCCGUCCGUCCCGAGCACAUUAUCCACGGCCUGCAGAAUGUAAGCAGCGAGCGUGUUCGUGAGGGCAAUGUGGGAGGUGGCACGGGAAUGAUAUGCCAUCGGUUCAAGGGCGGAACGGGAAGCGCCAGCCGCAUUGUAGAAGGACUCGACGCACGGGGCGGCAAGAAGGAGUACACCAUUGGCGUGCUGGUCCAGGCCAACUAUGGCAAGAAGCAGCAUCUGAGAAUCGGCGGCGUGCCUGUCGGCCGGAUCCUGAUGGCCGAGGCAGAAGAGACGGCCAAGACAGACGAAGAGAAGAGGCGAAGGAUGCAAGCGGAAGAACUCGACGAUAAGAAGAACCGCAAAGAUGGCAGCAUUCUUGUUGUUCUGUCCACUGAUGCACCGCUCAACCCGGCGCAGCUACAGCGCAUAGCCAGGCGGGCAACCGUUGGUCUGGCCAAGGUGGGCGGUUAUGGGAACAACCUGUCGGGCGAUAUAUUCAUAGCCUUUUCGACUGGCACUGAUAUUCCAGUGGAGUCAAUCGGUGGUACGGGCUCAGCGGUAGACCCUCUCAAGCCUAAGCCGUUGCCGAUGGAGAUUCUGGAUGAUACGAGCAUAAACGGCCUGCUCGAGGCGGGAGCCGAUGCGACUGAAGAAGCCGUAUACAAUGCGCUAUGCAUGGCCGAUGACUUUAUAGGUUAUCAGGACCGCAAGGUAGAGGCAUUGCCUCUAGGCCGACUUGAACAGAUCAUGGAAAAGUAUCUAUGA